UUCUUCCUCUUCCUCUCUUCUCUCCUCUGACUUCUUCCCUCUCAACAGUCCCUCUCAACUCCCCCUUUUGCACCAGUCAAUCCCAUCCCUCCAGGGCUUGCUGCAGUUCUGCUCGAGCUCGAUAGUGCCUGACCACCGCUGGUCCUCCGUCCUCCGUUCCCGGUCGCUAGUAUUUCACAUGAAUUUUCGCUAGACGACGAUCACUGCUGCUUCGCCUGCGCCUUCUCAUCUCCCCUUUCCCUGCCUCUCUCCAGCCUGCGUGAUCCAUCUUGUCUAGUCAGCCUAUUCCGAGCGGUUCUCUGGUCUCGCCUCGCCAAUCGACCUGCUCCCCGCCGCCACAACUCGCGAAGCCGCCGUGCUCCGUCGCCCUCCCCUGUACAUAUUCCGCCAUGUCCAAAUCGCGUCGGAACGUCAGGUUCCCCCGUCGGAUGUCCAACUCCUCUGAAGGGCGGCGCCUGAGCAUCUCCGAUGCCAGCGACAUUCUCUCCGACCCGGGCAGUCCGGUCAAAGAUGGCAGCGUCACGACGCCUGCCACGAUCCCCGAGGAGAAAUCCGAGAAGCCCCAGUUGUCCGACUACGAGAAGAAGAAGCAGACCUUCAUUACGCGCACGAUAUGGACCUUUGUGAUGAUCUUCGGGUUCUUCAUCGCCAUGUUUUCCGGCCACAUCUACAUCAUCGGCAUUGUCACCGCUAUCCAGAUCGUCUCGUUCAAGGAAGUUAUCGCCAUUGCCAACGUGCCCAGUAAGGAGAAAAACCUCCGCUUCACCAAGUCGCUGAAUUGGUACUUCCUCGCUACGACCAUGUACUUCCUGUACGGAGAGAGCGUGAUCUAUUACUUCAAGCAUAUUCUUCUGGUGGACAAGGUGCUGUUGCCUCUCGCGACUCACCACCGGUUCAUCAGCUUUACGCUCUAUGUCAUGGGCUUCGUUUUCUUCGUCGCGUCCCUCCAGAAAGGCCAGUACCGGUUCCAGUUCACCCAGUUCGCAUGGACGCACAUGGCGCUCUAUUUGAUUGUCGUUCAGGCGCACUUUGUUAUGAACAACAUCCUGGAAGGCAUGAUCUGGUUCUUCCUCCCCGCCUCUCUUGUGAUCACGAACGAUAUCUUUGCCUACGUCUGCGGUAUCACCUUUGGUCGAACCCAGCUUAUCCAGCUGUCGCCCAAGAAGACGGUCGAGGGAUUCCUCGGCGCUUGGAUCUGCACUAUCAUCUUCGGCUACUUCAUGACAAACAUUCUGAUGCGCUACAAGUACUUCAUCUGCCCCGUGAAUGAUCUUGGAGCCAACGUGUUGACGGGCCUGCAAUGCUCGCCCAACCCCUCCUUCGUGCCCCAGCCCUACCAUAUCCCGGCGUGGACCGGCGUGGACAAGACCUUCUAUAUCGAGCCCAUGCAGUUCCACAUCCUGGUCUUCGCGACCUUUGCCUCCCUCAUCGCGCCGUUCGGUGGCUUCUUCGCCUCUGGCCUCAAGCGCACCUUCAAGAUCAAGGACUUUGGCGAGUCCAUCCCGGGUCACGGUGGUAUCACCGACCGCAUGGACUGCCAGUUUAUCAUGGGCUUCUUCGCGUACAUGUACUACCACAGCUUCAUCGCCGUGUUCAAGGCGAGCGUCGGCGACGUCAUUGAGGCCGCCAUCAACGGUCUGACGGUCGACGAGCAGCUCGAGGUGGUCCGGGGUCUGAGCAAGUACCUCUAUAACCAGGGUACUGUCUCGGAAACGAUCCUGGACUGCCUGAACACCGAGCUUCGCCGGUAGGCGAAGCCAUGAUGACCCAUCCUUAUUCCCGUAUCUCCGUGAUGAAAUCCCCACCUUCUCUCUCCUCUUUAAUCGCCGGGGGUCAACCACAGUUAUGAAUACCAUACAUACACCUUAUAAUCACCUCUUCUUCAACAUUCUCCGGGGUGUCUGACACGACACUCAGGAGCCUUUUGGAAUUGCGCCCGUGUGCAGUGACAUCCUGCAUACGUCUCUCUCACGCUUGCUACUCGUAUCUUCUGCCAUCGCAUUGGGUCAUUGGUGUAUACAUGUUUUUCAAGGGGCAAAAAAAAUA